UAGCACGGAGAAAACGUUUCGUCGUUUGAGUGAGACUCUUGCCCCGCUUCCCCUCCACUGCAACUUUGUUCCGUUGAAGGGCGAACGAAGAGCAUAGAAGGGAACCUACUUAUACUCCUACAAUUGCUGCUCCUUCAAUUCGAUCUCGUUUGUGUAACAUUCUCAGUUUUAAGAAUGUCGGAACGAGACUUAGGUUGGGAUUUUCACCUCCGAAAGCUGUCUAUCAGUGGCAGAGACACCAACACCGCCAACGAUCCCGCUUCCGAUCCUUCUCUUCUUCUCUCCGUGAAGAAGCUUCAUGAAUUAUGCAAGAGCGAAAAUUCCGAGGACUUGGUAGCUAGGGUUUAUCCCUCAAUUAACAAGAUAUUUCAACGCGCUGUUGCUUCUCUUUCUCAAUCUCGAACCUCCAAUGGCCUUCUUCUACUCGCAAUUCUUCAAUUUUACCUAGACUUCGGGGAGCUUGUUCUUCAUGAUGCUGAUCCUAGUCUUCGGACAUUUUUUCGUUCGUGCUUGAGCAGGGAAUUUUCUGAUCCUGUUGUCGCUGAAGCAACGCUUGAAUUUCUCAUUUGCAACAAGAAGAAGCUUCUAACUUCCUUUCCUAACUUAUUGCCCCAGUUUUUUCCGUUGUUGUUAAAGCUGAUUGCUUGGAAUGGUGAAAGCUGUUUCUUUAUGGAAGUCUUAGUUUGGCAUUUUUGCAGAUGUUCUAUGUUAUUAGAGAAACUAUUUUUGAAAGCCUUUCCAGGCUUGAUAUCACCUGGCUCAUUUAUUCCAUUAUUUCCAUAUUUAGUGGACUUGCCAAUUUUGGUAGUGGCAUUGGAAAAGGUGGAAAAAAGCUCUGGACCACUAAUUGGUAGCAGCAUAGCUUCUAUUCAGAAAAAUACUGCCCCUAAGAUGCUACUUGCCCUAAUGGAUGAAGCAUAUACUGGUUCAACUAUAGAGGAUGGUGGAGGAGAUUCUGAAUCUGAGGAUAGCAGUGCAAUUGAUGUAGCUGAUCCUGUGUUCCUUGAGCUUUUAAAGGAUGAAAAUGAUGGUAUCGCUGAACGUCCCUGGUCGUCUCCAGUGAUGACUGCAAUAUUGCAUACUGCAGUCAAUAAUCCUUACUCUGACAGGCUGAAAGCAGUGCUCAAAUUGGCACCACGCCUUCUUGAUGUGUACUUUUCUGUUGCAUUGCGUAAUGUCAAUGAUUCUUUGAUCUGUGCAUUGAUUCCUCUGCUUAUGUCAAGAUUUGCUGCAAUAUUUCCAGACAAAAUAUUUUUGUAUGAGGUUCGUAAGCAGCUCUUGGAGUUUAUGCUCUCUACAUUUCAGCGCUCCCCAAACUUCAUUGCCCUUUUAAAGAAACCUAUAAUGGACAGACUUGGAGAAGCUUAUGAUAGCCCAGACAAGACAGAAUUGGCCUUGCAAUUAUGUUGGGCCAUUGGAGAGCAUGGUGGAGGUGGUGGAUCUCACAAAGAUGAAGCCCGUGAGCUUUUUGAGAGUUUAGAACUACUUCUUUAUGAAAACCUUUCCUCAAGUCGUCUGGGCAUGACUCAGGAUGUAUCCCUUAGUUCUGAUAAGGAUACCUACAGAAGGUCUUCACAGUCCAGGCUUUUGUGUUUUGUUGUGACAGCCAUUGCAAAGCUUGCUACACAUCAUCGAGAAUUACUACCAAGAGCACGAGUAUCCUUGGGAAAGGUGGCUCGGUCUCGAAUUUCAGACGCAAGAGUAUGGAGACGUGCGUGUGAUUUCCUGGGUUUGAUGAAAGACCCAGCUAUAUGCUCAUCUAUAUUGGGGCCUUCACAGUCUGCACAAGGCACCACGCAGAAAGUAGGCAGCAUACACUGGAAUGAAGGUGCAACGAAGAUGGUUGCACAUAUUCCAUUUUACAUUCUAGGAGAACAAGAAGGGCCACCUUUUCAUGAUUUCUCGUUCUCAGAUAUCAUUCCAAGAAGAUGAUGAAAGCUGAAAUCCUCCAAGGUCAUUUGUUUUUUCUCCCGCUAUAGUCAUCUUGGUAUCAUUCUUAUCUAUCCAAAAAUUUUUAUUAUUAUUUUAAAUCUGUAUAUUGAUUAAAUCCUUGGCCUUGCGUAAAUAAGUAAGCUCACUUUUUAGU